CACUGGGCUGCUGUGAAAGUGCCAUGGCGCUGAGCGAGAAAGCGCGAUUCCUCUACGAUGCGGUUCUCAAGCCGCAGACCGAUGCGGAGAAGGCGCGCAGAUUCUUUCCGAUGCUCCGCAAAUGGGCUGAGACGGGCAAAGAAUAUCGUGGUGAAGUUUACUCUUCGGCUGAAGUUGAAGAAGCAAUUGCUGCAUUUGAGCGUUCUGCAGCGCCUCGAAAUGUGCCGAGUCCCCAACAGCAAAAAACUGAAUGGUGGCCAAGGUGGGCCUUGAACAAAGCCCGUGGUGUUGAAGUUCUUGCUCCAUUGAAAGGCAAGACAGGAUGGACUCAGGCCACACCCAUAGCACUUGGAUACUCCGGGCAAAAGAAGUGCUUCCUCUUUGUUCGGUCAGAGAGCUUUGAAAUGGAUUGUCGAAGAAGCGAAGUGAGACCAGUAGGUGGUGGUCGCACUGCACAGCAACAAAUGGAGGAUCUUAUCUCCAGAGGGCACCGACCAGAAAACCACAAGGACUGGACUGAUGGCUCUGGCAUCACCAUGUCGGACAAACGUGACAUCAAAUUCAUCAGACCGGGUCUACCACCCCGCUCCAAGCAGCCAGAUGCAGCACAGGCGAGCGGCUCGGCGGGCAUUGACGCAGAUCUUGCCCAUGCUUUGGAGGAUGAGUGUGAGCGCAUGACUCUUCUUCGGCGCUCCACUGUAGUGAAAUCCAUCACAUGCGACCAUCCUGACCCGCUUUCGGAACCACGUGCCGCUGCCAGCAUUCGGUUGCCGCAGCUCAACGAGAGUGAUGCAUUGGCAUUGCCUGCUGCGGUGGCAGAGGAGCGACUGUCCUCGCUGCAGCUGGAGACGGUCUGCUUUGCUGCUCGACGCUUCCGCAACAAACUGCCAGAUGGUCGAACGGCUGGCUAUGUACUGGGUGAUGGCACUGGAUGUGGCAAGGGAAGGGUCAUCUCAGCUUUGCUGUACCAUAUGUGGAACUCCGGACACCGACGGUCGAUCUGGGUGUCAGCAACAAGUGACCUUUACUAUGAUGCAUGCAGAGACUUGAAAGACCUUGGCGCAGACAUUCCCUGUAUGCCGAUGCGAAAGCUGCCUCCAAGUGGUCCGCUGGACAAGAAAGGGACAUCUGCCAACAAGGAGUUGGUCCGCCACCUUGGUGUUGAGGGAGAUGGGGUCAUUUUUCUGACCUAUUCGCUUCUCGUGCAGACUGGCCAGCGAAGACAGGUCUACCCUUGCAUUUUGUCCAGUCAAGAGGCGAAAGACAAGCUUGUGGAAAGCUUGGAUGAGAAGCUGCGCUGUACUGAGCCAGGCGCUUGUGGGGUUGAUGGAAGUGGAGGUCAAGUCAAGGUUAGAGUUGGCGAUAGGGUUGUCAGCUUGAAGAACUUGAAGGAGCUACAGGCAGCAGAACUUCCUCUGACCUUGUCCAUCGAGCGGGUUCUGGAGAAGAAACCUUCCAAGGAUGGUGAUGAAGAUGCUGAUAUGGAUUCAAAGGAAGACACUGGUGAGCUCACUGCAUGGAAUUCUCGGCUGGGACAGCUUGUUGAAUGGCUUGGAGGGGGCAAGGCCACCGGCCUCAUAUGCUUUGAUGAGGUUCACAAGGCCAAGAAUCUGGUUCCGGACAAGGACGAAAAGGCAAGCACAAAGACGGGACUGUACGUGGAUCGCUUGCAGCAGUUCUGUCCAAAUGCUCCGGUACUCUAUGUCUCUGCCACUGCUGCAACAGAGGUGCAACAUCUCGGCUACAUGAGCCGCCUGGGUGUCUGGGGCAAAGGAACUGCAUUUGACACCUUUAGAGACUUUCAGAAGGCCAUCGAAUCGAACGGUGUCGCAGCCAUGGAAAUGUUUGCAAUGAACAUGAAGGCGAUUGGUGCAAUGUCCUGCCGUGCACUCGCCUAUGUUGGAACGGAGUUCGAUUUGCAGCAGAAUGGGAUGACAGAGGAACAGUAUCGCGACUAUGAUGCGGCAGCUAGAUUCUGGCAAAAGCUUUUGAACAUGUUCAGAAAGUUCGUCCACAGCAAAGAUCUAAAGGUGAGCUACCGCAAGCACUUUUUCAAAAAGCUAUGGAAGAAGGAGGAAGGCAAGGGCAAUGAAGGCAGACCGAGCCGAGUCAAUUCCAAGGACUUGGCAGAUGAGGAAGACGAAGACAUGGUGACAAAGCGGCUUUGGCAAUUCUACUGGGGGGCGCAGCAGAGGUUUUUCAAGGCCGUUUGCAACUCGGCCAAGGUCCCGGCUGCAUGCGUUGCUGCCCAAGAUGCCGUCGAACGGGGUGAACAGGUUGUUAUCUCCAUUUGGGCAACAGGAGAGGCCAGAUCACGCGCCAAGAUGGACAAGCUGAAAGAGGCAACAGCUGGACGUAUCACAGUUGAGAGUGUGAGCGAUGGCACUACGGAGGUUAACAUCAAGGAGAAGGACACUCUGACAAGCGUCCAUUCCUGUCUCUACGCAAACUUGGCGUUGAAGAGCAAACUCACUGUUGGUGGAAAGCAGGUUGCUCAAUUGAGCCGCUUAGUCCUUGCAGAUGACAAGAAGAUCAGCCGCCCAGAGGAUCUUUUGAAAUUGUCCGUGCCCUGCAAGCUCGUAUUCCGAACGCCCAGUGUACGUCGACUGGUUGUGAAUGCCCACACCACAGAAAGCAAGGAGCCAGUUGCUUUGGAGUUGGCAGAGGACGAGCUUGGCGAACGCAUCGUUGUGUCAAAGGUGAUCGAAGGUCCCCCCUCACUUCGUCGUGCCGAGCUUGAAGGUUGGCACGUGAAGAAGAUCAAUGACAAACCCGUGGGCAAGAUCAGGGUCGCAAUGAUUCGGCAGCGAUUAAAGAAGGGUACCAGCCUGUCGUUUCAGGAUCCGGUGAUUGAUGACCAUCUCUCUGGUCCUGCUAUGAUUCUUGAGCACUUCAUCUCUUCAUGUUUCCUUACAAAAGGUGAGGAUGGUGAAGAGGUACCAUGGGCCAACGAGACAAAGACGGAAUUGCUGCAGGAGGCACAGCAUCUGAGUCUUCCACCUAACGCUCUGGAUGAUCUGCUGGACCGGCUUGGAGGUCUCAAGAAAGUUGGUGAGAUGUCUGGCCGCUCCCAUCGCAUCAAGCGACGCAAAGAUGGGAGCCUGGCUUGGGUUGCGCGCUGCGAGGAGCUGAGAUGCCCAUCUGAUGGAGCCAACCUAGUGGAACAGGUUCUUUUCCAGAAAGGAAAUAAGAAGAUUUGCGUGGUGACAGAAGUGGCGAGUGCUGGCAUCUCCCUUCACGCAGACAGACGACAGGCGACAGCAGAUUUCCAGCCUCCAAGACGCCUGAUGAUUUCGUUGGAGCUGCCUUGGGGAGCCGACAAGGCCAUUCAGUGCUUCGGAAGAGUUCAUCGCGCCAAUCAGCUGAUUCCACCGAAAUUCUUGGUGCUCACUACGCCACUUGGUGGCGAGGUUCGAUUCAACAGUGCCAUUGCCAGGCGAAUGAAGCUCCUUGGGGCCGUCACAAAAGGAGACCGGAUGACCUCCAUGGGUGGGGUGGCAGACCAAACCAUGACCGACUUCGAUGUGAACAAUGCGUAUGGUCAACGAGCCUUGGCGAUGUUUUACACUGACACGGCGAAGACACUGUCUGCAGUGCCCGAGCUAUUGGCUCUGUACGAGGCAUUGCCUUUCAUUGGCGGUGAAGGGGAUGGUGAGGCAAAUGGACGAUGGCCAACAUGGCAGGACUUUGCGGAAGAGGUUUGUGAUGCCUGGUCUGCGACACGCCUUGGAGAAGAGAUUGAGAUGAUGCUCCAAGAAAACCAGUCCAGGAGCUGGGCUGAAAUGGGCACCAAAGAGUCCGCUGAAAUCAAUCGCUUCUUCAACCGCAUUUUGAUGUUGGAGGUGGAGAUUCAGAACGCCAUGUUUGAGACCUUCUUCGCAGUGUACGCUGAACUGGUUCGGGUUGACAAAGCCAACGGAGUGUUCGACGAAGGAAUCGAGAAUCUCAACCGCGUUCAGGGCCGCCUGAUUCGAGACAUCAAGGUUGACACCAAGGAGCUCCUGUACAAAGAUCCCCGCUCUGGGGCUGAGACCAGCUACGUGCGACUUUCUUUGGAUCGUGGGAUCUCUUGGGAGGCUGCCAAAGCUGCCUAUGAUGAAAUGCCAAAGCAAGGAUCGAUGGAAGGCUUUUAUGAAUACAGGCACAGUCCGCAAGCAGAUCCCAUCUACAUACUUGCCAAGGAGACGAUCCAACUUGGUGGAGCUGGAGCUACCGGAACAACCUGGAUUGCUCGCAGGCGUCAGCGGCAAUUUGCCAUCUGGAGGGCAGACUGCGGAGCUGUCUGGUCAUAUGGACAAAAGGCCUACUUCGAGAGUGAUCUCCGCGGAGAUUGCUUUGCUCGGAUUUAUGGCAGUGAAGACGAAAUAGAGAUGGUGAAGGCAGGAUGGACUGAUCUCUAUGACCAAACGGCUGCCAAGCGAACUGUGAUGGAACACGUCCUCACAGGGGACGUUCUCACUGCAUGGCAGUUGGUGAACAGUGACAGGCGAGUCAGCAAGAAGUCAGAGGACAGUCCGCACAAAGGGCCCAAGUUGCAAAUCGUUCGUGCCAUCACGCAGCCUCAUGGGCUGCCAGUUGUUGGCAUGAGAUUGAGAGAGGAGGAAUUGCCACAAUUGAAGUAUGUGCUCUCUUGUCAGCAAGAGACUGCGCAGUCUGAGAAGCAGGAUGCCAUCAAUGUUAGAGAGGCGUCAGUCCGCGCAGCUGAGGUGUUGUUGCAACACCUCUGGUCCCUGGAGAGCUGGAAAAUGCCAUACAAGUCAUGGCUGGAGGUGCACAAGAUGCUCAGCAGCGAAGUGCCAAGCCUUCGAUCCAUCGAAGGUCUUCGAGGUACCCAGCAAGCUGUCGAGCAGCUCCAGCGCGCGAAAUUGGUCACCCUUGUGGAAGGGGAACUCUCCAUGUGCCCUCGAGCCGGUGGCAAGCCGGUGAAGACUGAGGCUGACCUACUGAAGCCACUGGAUCCUCCUCCCACGGGCAAAAUGCUGGAAGAGCUGAUGUACAGCCAGGACGGCGCGCGGAAAUCACAUCGGACCGACGGCACGGAGUCCGAAGAUUUUACAGACGAUUCGUCCAGUGAAGAAGAGGAAGAAGCAGAGGAGGCUGAUACCUUCACGAGCUCCAAGGCCGCCAACACGCAAGAUGCAGAAGAUACCCAGGCCAGCAAAGAAGCCAGGAGUGACAAGAAGAGGAAACCAGAAAGGCAAGAAAAACCUUCAGCGAGCAAGCGUGGUGCCACAGGACGCGGGAGUAAGAGAAAAGCAAUGCAGCAGGCUUUGUUCGGGGAUGACGAUGCGGAAUUUUGGGAGAAUAUGGAUAGCCAAGAAGACUCUCAGCCGAAGGAGGAUUCUGAAACCAAAAAGCGAGACCGUGAUGCUAAGAUGAGGGGCCUUCUGUUUGGCGAUCUUGAUGAGGAGGACAGUGAUGGAGAGCAAAGUCAGGUUUCGAAGAAGAGCAAGCUGGUGGAUCAGGGAGCCCAAAGUUCCCAAGGCACAGAGCUACCGGAUUCAUGCCCAGAGGAAACGCAGGUGGUUGUGAGGGAGUCUUGAGGCUUCCAACUUCGCGGGUCGAUCCUUGGGAUCUCCACGGGGAAGUGGAGAGUACAAAGCCAGGUCUGAACUUUGAAAGCUG